AACUUCUCAGCAUUAUCUUUGAACAUUUCCUUCAAUCUUACUAAGACCCAAAAGCAAUAAUGGAUUCAGAAAUAGAUGUCGACAACUCUCCAGCUUAUCGAGUCUACAAGAGUGGCCGCAUCGAGCGUCUCUCAGGAGAAACAUUCAAACCACCUUCUCUAACCCCCGAAAACGGCGUCGUUUCCAAAGACACAGUCUAUUCCCCGGAGCAUAACCUCUCCGUCCGCAUAUUCCUCCCGGAGAAAGCCUCCGCCACCGGUGAAAAGCUGCCACUCCUCGUCUACUUCCACGGCGGAGGCUUCGUCAUCGAGACCGCCUUUUCGCCGACUUACCACGCCUUCCUCACAUCAACCGUCGCCGCCGCAGAUUGCUUAGCGAUCUCGGUGGACUACCGUCGCGCGCCGGAGUUUUCGAUUCCGAUCCCGUACGAAGACUCGUGGGACGCUCUCAAAUGGGUGCUCUCUCACGCCUCCGGAGCCGGACCGGAACAGUGGAUAAACAAACACGCCGACUUCGGGAAACUGUUCCUCGCCGGAGACAGCGCCGGCGGAAACAUCUGUCAUCAUCUCGCGACACGUGCGAAGCGAGAGGGGAUAGACUCGCUCAUCUCCGGUGUCGUCUUGAUCCAUCCCUACUUCUGGGGGAAGACUCCUGUUGACGAGUUCGAGACGAGAGACGAGACGAAGAGGAGAGGUAUUGAAGCGCGUUGGAGAGUCGCGAGCCCGAAUAGUGAAGACGGAGUGGAUGAUCCGCUGUUUAACGUGGUGGGGUCCGAGACGGUUGAUCUAUCCGGGUUAGGUUGCGGGCGGGUUCUGGUGGUGGUGGCGGGGUAUGACACGUUUGCGAGACAAGGUUUGGGUUACGCGGCGAAGCUGGAGAAGAGUGGGUGGGAAGGAGAAGUUGAGGUGAUGGAGAUUAAAGAUGAAGGUCAUGUUCAUCAUAUGAAGAGUCCUGAUACUGAUAAUGCUAGUAAAGUGGUGAACAAAGUUGCAGAGUUUAUUAAAAAGGUGAGCCAAUGAUCAAAUGCGUCAAAAUCUACCAGAAGCGAGAUAAUUCAUUGCUUCAGCCUUCAAAUAUCGCAGAACUAUCCAGAAACGCUUUACCUCAUGGUUGUACUCUUACGUAGCUCAUAUAAAACGAUCUUACUAUAAAUAGCACGCACGCAUCCAAAUU